ACCAUGAACUAAAGGGUGAAACAUUCUUUGUGCAGUUCCGUUCAGCUGUAAUAUUAUUCCUGUUAAAAUUUCCUAUUUUAGCAAACAAAUCUGUAGAAAAAAUGGCAAAAAUUUCUGGAAAAUACAAAUACUUGCGCGAUGAUGGUAAUUUUGGACGGUAUCUCCGUGUCACCGGGCUGAGCGAAGAACAUAUCGAGAUCGGGAAACAACUUUGCCCCAUCCUCGAAUUCAUCAAAUUUGGUGAUGAGUACACCAUGCGUAUCACCAGUGAGGUCAUCAGCAAGGAUGUCAAGUUCAAGCUGAACGAAGAAGUCAAGGGAAAGACACCCAGUGGCAAGACCAUCAAGGCCACUUACUCCUUGAACGGGGAUCAUCUGAUCCAGAAGCAGACCCUGGAGAGCGGAUUCACUGCUACCAUUGAUCACGAAUUCCGUGACGAUGGCCUAACCAUCCCUACAAAUGGCACGGUGGCAUUUGCGCUCGUCAAUAUCGCCGGGUAGAUUAUAAUCCACGAAAGCGACAGAAGUGUUGUGUUCUCGUGUGAUGUGAAUGCCGAAACGCCGUCUGGCAAAUUCACAAGAAAUAUACCGUGCAUAAUUGCGAUCUUGAGCGCAUCAACGCACGAAUUUUCAGCGAAAUACAGUAACAAUAAUUCUGCAGUAUAUAAAUUCUUGAAUUUUUCUUUAACUAGUCACGCAACUCAAGGGUAAAACUUCCAGCAAAAAACAUGUUAAAAAUUUCCACAAAAUAUAACUAGAGUCACUAAUUUUUGGAUUAGUAUCUAAACCGAUUCCGUGUGUUCCUGCACCCAGCGCUGCGCUUCGGCUUUGGCAUGUUCGAGCGUGGCG